AUGGCAUCUAUGUUUUAUAAAAAUAUACGUAUAAUAACACAUUGUUUAAGGACAUUUGUUACUUAUAUAUGUCAAAACUUCGAUUUUGAUCGCACCCGAAAGUUGAAUGGUUAUACAAUCAAAGCUGCAACAACUUACAAGGAAAAAAUUUACAUAAGUCAAGACAAAGCUAAUUUCUAUGGUUCUAUCGAAUUGAAAGACUCUGUAAACAUAAAAUUAUUGACUGCAAUUGCAAAAGCACUGGAUGUAUUGAUAGAAUUAUACCCUUUACCAGAAUCCAACCACGGCGAAAGUAAUGAAACAGUUCUCGGAAAUUGGUUCUUAAACAAACAAGUUGACAUGCUUGCUAGUGAAGUAGUUUUGACAAUAAAUUCCGAAGUAAAGUCUACGAUAACUGAAUUGUCGUAUCCUUUGAAAUACUUAUCGGACGUUAUAGUCACGCAUAAUCGUGGGUUGGAAACCCCGCUUGAAAAAAUGUACGAUUAUUAUGGGUAUUUGAUUAUAUCGUCUACAAUAAUAAUUUCUUUAGUAACUUUCGCUUGGAUCUACUUCUUAAAAGGCAUGAAGAAGGAAGAAAACAAUAAACUAUCAUUCGCAAUUUUUGAAUGCUUGCGUUUGAUGGUAAACACUUCACUUAAUACGCACAUGCACAAACCGGCAAUAAGAGUCUUUUUUUCGGUAGUCUUUCUGUACUUUUUGAUCAUUCAAGCGACGUUUUCUGGGCAUCUAGCCACAUUUCUAACGAAACCCGUAUAUCGCAAAAACGUUGAGGAUCUUGCAGAUUUACUCGAUCCGCGUUAUUCAAAAAUUUAUGCUCGCAAUGCAAUGAAAGAAUAUAUUACCGAUCGUCUACUGCUGGAGAAAAUGGUUUUUAGCGAUGAAAAUUGCCAAAAUUUUAUUGGAAACAGCACUUCAAAUGCUUGCAUCGAGAUAGAUUUGAAUAUGGUCAAUGCGAUUCACUCAUACGACUUACAUGUUGCUAAACAUCCACUACUUAAUCGACACGCUGGAUUUCUGUAUCGUUGCGGGUGGUCGCUAUCUUCGCAAAUCAACAAUAAAAUAAUGUCGUUGGUACAAUCUGGAAUUUUGUAUAAAUGGUAUGAAAUAUUCUUGCAUCCCAUCAAUAAAAAUUUACAAAUGAGAAACGAAGAGUUGACAACGGAAAAUCAUUAUCGCCCUUUGGUUUACGAUGAUUUGAAGUUCGUCUUCAUACUGUUGAGCAUUGGAUUAUUCUGUGCAUUUGUUUGCUUUGUUGUUGAAAUCGUCCUUCACAAAUUGAAAGUUAGUUGUGAAAUUGAGAAAAAACGAAAUCAAAAAACUAAGAUUCGUUCAAUUUUGAUACCUACUGGUUAUAUUAUGGACGGUGGAGUUCUUAAGGUCCACAUUUACAAGCAUGGAAUGUUUUCGAAGAGUUAUGAAGACUUCAAAACUCUUUCGUUUACUUAUUUAAGAUUACGUUGA